AUGCGAAUCGUCGUUCCGUUCUCGGCCGUGCUUUAUGGACGUAUUCCACGAUUCGAUUUACAAUUGGACCCAGGUAAUCUUCAAGUUUUUAAAAGAAAAACGAUAAAUUCGUUUAAAUUUCAAGCGCCUCGUCCUAAACCUUACCUUCCAUUAGGAACUAACCAUAGCCGUCUUGGUAAUACAAUAUAAUCGGUAGUUGUAGAACUUGUACUUCGUAUCGCUGUUCUGCGUACUCGGACUCAUAUGUGCAUUGGGUUGUGUGCUAUGUGUAUGUUUGGGAUCGUUUCACCUGAACACAUGUGUCACUUAUUUAUGGAGUUCUACGGAAACUGA